AAUUUGAAGACCGUUACCUCUCUAUCUUCAUCCAUGUCUCUGCCUGUGCGUAUGCGUGCACUUCAGCAUUCCCACCGAAGCUACAAAUCAAACAGUAUAAAUACCCAACACAGGACAACAGCAACUCAAUCCGUUCUCACCCGCAGCAAUGGCGACUUCUUUCUUUCACCUCCUCUCUCUCCUUGUUCUUCUUCUCUCUUCCUCCUCUCUCUCCUCUGCAACAUUUCCCGUACACGACCCUCGGUUGGCCUCCCCCGCUAAUUUCCCAAAACUGCAAGCCGAAAUGCUAAUUCGAGGGCUCAACUUGUUCCCCAAGGACGCUUUCAAUGGUGGCUCCCGCGAUUCCUCUGUUUGCUCCACAAACAUUGUUGAGAAGCGCAUCAGGUUCCCUGUUCUUGGGGAUUCCGGAACUUCCAUUCAAGAUCUUGGUCACCACGCCGGCUACUAUCCGAUUAAGAAUUCUAAAGCUGCAAGGAUGUUCUAUUUUUUCUUUGAAUCGCGAAAUAGAAAGGAGGACCCUGUUGUUAUCUGGUUGACAGGGGGUCCUGGUUGCAGCAGUGAAUUGGCAUUGUUUUAUGAAAAUGGUCCUUUCCAGAUUGCAAACAACUUAUCUCUUGUAUGGAAUGACUUUGGCUGGGAUAAGGCAGCAAACCUUUUGUACGUUGACCAGCCGACUGGAACUGGUUUCAGCUAUAGUUCUGAUGAGAGUGACAUUCGUCACAAUGAGGAGGGUGUCAGCAAUGACCUAUACGACUUCUUGCAGGCAUUUUUCGCUGCACAUUCUCAAUUUGCUAAAAAUGAUUUCUACAUAACUGGGGAAUCAUACGCCGGCCACUAUAUUCCUGCUUUUGCAUCUCGUGUUAACCAAGGAAACAAAGUUAAGGAAGGGAUUCACAUAAACCUGAAGGGAUUCGCUAUUGGUAAUGGGCUAACAAAUCCUGCAAUCCAGUACGAAGCAUAUACAGAUUAUGCUCUGAGCAUGGGAUUAAUUAAUGAAACAGAUUACAGGAAUAUUAACAAAGGAAUUCCAGCAUGUGAAGAUGCCAUUAAACUUUGUGGCACUGAUGGUGAAUCUACUUGUAUUCAAUCAUAUGUUGUUUGCACUAACAUAUUCAACCAGAUCAUGGAACUUAUCCCAGAUGCCAAUUACUAUGAUAUCAGAAAGAAAUGUGAUGGUGACUUGUGCUAUGACUUCUCCAACAUGGAGAAAUUCCUAAACCAGAAGUCUGUCAGGAAUGUUCUAGGGGUCGGGAAGAUAGAAUUUGUUUCGUGUAGCUCUAAAGUGUAUGAUGCAAUGGUCGUAGAUUGGAUGAGAAAUCUUGAAGUAGGCAUUCCAGCUCUUCUUGAUGAUGGAAUUAAAUUGCUUGUCUAUGCUGGGGAGUAUGAUCUCAUUUGCAACUGGCUCGGAAAUUCUAGAUGGGUAAAUGCCAUGGAGUGGUCUGGUCAGAAGAAGUUUGAAACAUCUCCCACUGUCCAGUUUGCAGUUGAUGGAGCAGAAGCAGGACAAAUGAAAACUUAUGGGCCUCUAACUUUCCUCAAGGUCCAUAAAGCGGGUCACAUGGUUCCAAUGGAUCAGCCCAAGGCUGCACUAGAGAUGCUGAAGAGGUGGACUCAAGGCAAACUUGCAGAUGCAGUGACAGCGAGUGAGAACCUGAUCUACAGUCAACAGUAGCUGCCUCUAUUUCUCGCUGCACCUUCUUCAUUUUAAUUUCAAAAUGGUGUCUUCACAGGAAUGACCUUAGCACAUUUGCAGUUCUUUGAUUUCAGCAUGCUCAUAAUGAAGCCGUGAAAAAGCGCAUGUGGUGUUCUUUAGCUAUUAUACUAAAAAAAAUUGUAUGAUUUGAAGAUCUGACCAUGUCAACCCUUUUACAUGGGAAUAACUGAUUUGAUGCUUAUAGAAAUCAGCCUUUGUACACAUUUGUUCACCUUCGGAAUAAACAAUGGAAUAUAGAAGACGUCCCUUAAUUUCUGAA